AUGUCUUUUGGCACAAAAACUGGUUUCUCCGUGCGGGAUAUCCUGAAUCUGCCGGACCGAACCGGGAGAUACGGAUCUGGUACCGAGGAGGCAGAGGAGGAGGAACCGGAGGAGGAACCGGUGGAGAUGCCCAGGAUGGAAACCGGGCAGAAAUUAGGAUUUAGCAGCAGGUGGAGCCGAGGAUCCGGUAACCUGCACGUCUCAUUGCACGGUUUUUCCUUAGAGACCCGAACCGAGCCUAAAUCCCCGGAUCUCUCCACGGACGAGUCCCCGGACGUGGAGCGGCAUGCAGCGAGCGGCGGCGCGUCUCAGAAGGGUCGCGGCAGGAAGCGGCGCGUUCUCUUCUCCAAAGCGCAGACCUUCGAGCUGGAGCGGCGCUUCCGGCAGCAGCGCUACCUGUCCGCGCCGGAGAGAGAGCACCUGGCCGGGCUGAUCCACCUCACCCCUAACCAGGUGAAGAUCUGGUUCCAGAACCACCGCUACAAGAUGAAGCGCGCGGAGCACCUGGAGCCUCUGCUGCCGCCUCGCCGCGUCUCCAUCCCGCUGCUGGUGCGGGACGGGAAGCCCUGUGAGCGGAUCUCAGACCUGCAGAUGAAGCCCUGGAUCUCAGACCUGGAGGUGACGCUCCGGUCCGGCCUCAGCCUGCCUCUUUGCGCCUAUUCCCCUCUGCUGCACCCCGGGUACGGUGCCGAGCACCCCGGGGUGCAGCAGCUGGCGCACAUGUACCACUGGAGCUGGUGA